AUGGACAGCAACGAUAUCCUUCGAGUUGGAGGUUGCCUCGAAGAAGCGCAUUUACCUUACGAGAUGAAACAUCCAAAAAUCAUUCCCAAGGAAUCACGUCUUGCUACAUUACUCAUAGACCACGCCCACCUGAUGACACUUCACGGAGGUGCCAAGCUCACUUCAAGCAAGCUGCGAGAAGAGUACUGGGUGAUGGGCGGAAACAAUAGAGUCAAACAACAAGUUCGAAAAUGCGUCAAGUGCCAAAAAAUUGAUGGGAAAAAACAAUAUCAACUGAUGGGCGAUCUUCCUGCCGCCCGUGUUAACGAAGCAAAACCAUUUUUUCACACCGGAGUCGAUUACACAGGAUUUGUUGACAUAAAAACAAGCAAGGCGCGUGGAAGCAGAACGUUGAAAGGUUACGUUGCCGUUUUCAUCUGCAUGGUCACAAAAGCAGUACACUUAGAGCUUGUAACAGAACUAACAAGCUCAGCAUUCCUGGCAGCUCUAAGGAGGAUGGCCGCCAGAAAAGGAGCCCCAAAGCAUCUAUACUCUGAUCAAGGAACCAACUUCGUAGGCGCGAACAACAUUUUGAAACAACAGUGGAAUGAAAUUCAAAACACAUUCGACGAUAACUUCUUAGCAAAAAUCGCCGAAAUGGAAAUCGAGUGGCAUUUUAAUGCCCCGGCCUGGCCCAGCGCUGGCGGGCUCUGGGAAAGAGCAAACUUCGAUUUUUCACUUCUUGAAGAUAUGAUCGUAGUACCAGCGCCGACGAAAGAAACUGAUGAUGAACCACCGAAAAUUGAAGCGGAAUCCCCAAAAACCCAGUGCCAGGCAAUCAUGUCAAUUGGCAUUUUAGCCGAGUCUGAGCUAUAA